GUAAACGUCAAACCGCUCGCUGACAUAAUCCAAAAUGGCAGCCAGCUUCGGAAGACUCCUCAGGACGUCUGCAAGAGUUGCAGCAGCAUGUCGGCAUGGAGGGGCUGCAGCCGAACGAAUUGUGCCUGCUUCUGCACUUCAGAGGGCCUCUUUCUCUACCAGCUCUUGCAGGUGGAUCCCUGCAGUCACUCAGCCUGCGCCAGCUUUUAAAGCCACAGCGGUCCAGAAUGGGGAAUUCAAGGAGAUGAGCCUCGCUGACUUCAAGGGCAAAUACUUGGUCCUCUUUUUCUACCCACUGGAUUUCACGUUCGUGUGCCCAACAGAGAUAAUAUCAUUCAGCGACAAGGCAAAUGAGUUCCAUGACAUCAACUGCGAGGUAGUGGGUGUUUCUGUGGACUCGCACUUCACACACCUGGCAUGGACCAACACUCCUCGCAAGGCUGGAGGCUUGGGCAGCAUUCAUAUCCCUCUGCUCGCCGACCUUAACAAGCAGAUUUCCAGAGACUACGGUGUGCUGCUGGAGGACCCGGGCAUUGCUCUGAGGGGUCUGUUCAUCAUCGAUCCAAAUGGCGUGGUGAAACACAUGAGUGUAAACGACCUGCCAGUGGGCCGUUGUGUUGAGGAGACCCUUCGUCUUGUGAAGGCUUUCCAGUUUGUGGAGACCCAUGGUGAGGUUUGUCCAGCGAGCUGGACCCCAAAGUCGCCAACAAUAAAACCAACCCCCGAAGGAUCAAGAGAGUACUUUGAGAAAGUCAACUGAUUGUAAAGCACUACAAGUCCAUGUAGAAAUUUGUUUUAUGCACUGACAUGGACAUCUAUGCUAAUAAAACCUAAUUCCUGGGGAGGAAAAAAAAAAAGUGAAAUUUCUUCAACUGUUGGUGUUUUCCAUACAAUAUAUGUGCAUCUUAUUUGUCUGUUGAAGAUAAAAGGCAUAAGAUCACAACCACUGUACAUAAACAUGUUUAUUCCCUCUUUUUACAACAAUAUGCAGGAUGAAAAUGUCUCAUCAGACAUUGGUACAUAACAUGAGGUGCCAAAAUAAACUUCAGUGGGGCAGAAUUGGACAUGAGAAGGCAGUACAAGUAGGGAACAUACUGUAUAUACGCAAUAUGUGGGACUAAAUAAAGACUUUGAAGGAC